AUGCCAAAGUGCAGACCACCAAAAAAGUCUCGACAACGAAUCCUCAUCGAUGAGUUUAACGAAGUUUGUCAGGAGUCUGACAAUUUUAUUAAAUGCGCUGAAUGUAAACUCAUCAAUGUAAUGUCAAUGACUGGUGAUGAAAAAUUGAAUGCUGCCUGUGAAUGGCAAAACAAAUGUGCGGGUGUGCAAGUAUCGAAUGAUAGAGUGAAAUGGGUUGAUAUUGAAGCAGCAUUUGAUGAACGGUUGCAAACUAGUGCUAUUAUAAAUUCAGAUUACAAGGACAUUAAUGAGUUCCUUGAUGAUGCCUUUGCUUUGUUUAAAAUUAAUAUUCAAAAAGCUUUAAACCGUUAUGGUCCGUUGAAAGUGUAUACCGUUUUGGGGGGAAAAUUUGUAAAAGAUUCGAUUGAUGGUAAACAAGAAAUGUCUGAUCUUAAGACAUUUAUCGCGAAAAUCUACAAAAUGCUGAUCAACAAUGUUUUAAAUGGAAUUAAUUUCCCUGUUUCACUUAAAGAUGUUCCAAAAUUUGAAUCUCUAAAUCAAAAUAUUUCAGUAAACGUAUACGGACUCUCAAAAAAUGAUGAAAAAUUCAAUGUUUAUCCAUUACAUCUCACAUCACAGAAAAAACAGCAACAUAUUAAUCUCUUACGUGUUGAAGAUCAUUACAUUGAUGAAAGCCUAAGUGAAGAAGAAGACGAUCUAACAAUCCUUUCUUUUAACUACCACUAUGUUUGGAUCAAAGACUUAUCCAAGCUCGUUGGAUCCCAAUUGUCAAAGCAUAGGUCUAAAAAAUACAUUUGCGAUCGUUGCCUCCAUUAUUUUGGAAGUGAUUUGAUGCGUACCGAACACGAAGAAAAUUGUAGGAAGAUGAACGAUACCAGAAUUAGGCUGCCGAAUCCUGGGAAAAAUUUUGUCGAGUUUAAAAAUUUUGAUAGCAAGGAGCGCGUACCUUUUAUCAUUUACGCGGAUUGUGAGAGUCUUUUAAUUCCUGCAGAUUCACCUCAAGAAGAAUCCAAUACUGUCGUGAUUCAAAAUCAUAAAACACUCAGUAUUGGAUUUUAUGUAAAAUGCGGCUUUGAUGACACUUUGUCUAUAUACAAAGCAUCUCCUCGAGAUGAGGAAAAUCCUGCUAAAUGGUUUUCAAAAGAGCUUAAAGACUUGGCUGACAAUUUAGACAUUAGAUUUCAGAAUCCUGUACCUAUGGAAGUAUUAAGUUUACAACAGCUGACUGAUUUUAGAUAUGCAAGUACAUGUCAUAUUUGUAAAAAGAAAUUUGCUCAUAGUGAUAUAAAAGUACGAGACCAUUGUCAUCUAACCGGAAAGUAUCGGGGCCCUGCACAUCAAGAUUGUAAUAUUAACUAUCAUGAAUCGUCGACCAUACCUGUUGUAUUUCAUAACCUUAGUGGUUACGAUGCUCAUUUUAUCAUCAAAGCUAUUGCUACCGAGUUUGACGGUAAAGUUGAUCUUCUUCCCAUUAAUAAAGAAAAGUACAUCAGUUUUACAAAGAAUAUAAAGGGUAGUUCAAUAAAAUUUCGUUUUAUUCACUCUUUUAAGUUUAUGGCAUCAUCAUUGGACAAGUUAGCUUCCUAUCUCGAUGAAUAUAAAAUUGUAAAUUUCGUAUUUUCAAAUUACAGCGACGACAAAAUUAAAUUGUUAACGAGAAAAGGAGUUUUUCCUUAUGAAUACAUUGACUCUAGGGAAAAGCUCGACGAAACAGAAUUACCACCUAAAGAAAAAUUUUACAGCACUUUGAACGAUUCAAAUGUUUCAGAUGAAGAUUACGCACAUGCGCAGAAAGUGUGGAAUGCAGCACACUAUUAUACUACACCGGGUUUGACUUGGGAUGCAAUGCUGAAGUAUACGAAUAUAAGAGUGGAACUCCUCACCGACAUCGACAUGGUAAUGUUUAUUGAACGCGGAAUAAGAGGUAUGAUUAGUCAGUGCACUAAUAGUUACGCUAAAGCAAAUAAUCAUUACAUGGAAAAAUAUGAUGAGAAUGAGGAAACAUCUUAUAUCGUAUACUUUGCCGCAAACAACUUGUACGGUUGGGCAAUGAUUCAACCGCUUCCGCAUGGUGGCUUCGGGUGGGUUGAAAAUAUUGACAAUGAUUUUGAUUUUAACAUUUCAGAUGAUGGACCAAUUGGGUACAUCUUGGAAGUUGACCUGGACUAUCCAGAUCAUCUUCAUGAUAAACAUAGCGACUUUCCAUUUUGCCCUGAACGCUUGAAGCCACCAGGGUCAAAAGAGGAGAAGCUCCUAACUACCCUCCUACCGAAACGAAAGCACGUUCUCCAUUAUCGUGCCUUAAAACAAGCUAUUGCCAACGGUCUCGUCUUAGUUAAAAUUCAUCGCGUCAUAAAAUUCGAACAAUCCACAUGGUUGAAAAGUUACAUUGACUUUAAUACCUUGCAGAGAACAAAUGCUAGUAACGAAUUCGAGAAAAACUUAUUCAAACUAAUGAAUAACGCGGUAUUUGGAAAAACAAUGGAGAACGUGCGAAAACAUGUAGAUGUUAAACUCGUGACAAAGUGGGAGGGUAGAUAUGGAGCUGAAGCACUUAUCUCCAAACCUAAUUUUCACAGCAGAGCCAUUUUUAAUGAGAAUUUAGUUGCUGUUGAACUUAGGAAAAUGGAAGUUUUGAUGAACAAACCUUUGUAUGUUGGCUUGACUGUUUUGGAUGUGUCAAAAACGCUUAUUUAUGAUUUUCACUACGAUUACAUGUUGAACAAGUAUGAUGAAAAAAAUUUAAAAUUAUUGUACACCGACACCGAUAGCCUGAUUUAUGAAAUCAAGUGCUCAGACAUUUACGCCGAUAUGAAACAAGACAUUAUGAAAUUCGACACUUCUGAUUAUCCGGUUAAUAACGUGUAG